AUGAGGUCCCUUGCUCUAUAUGUUAUAAAUGUUGCUCGCUUUACAUCAAACAAGUCUCCGUGGCGCAAUUGGUUAGCGCGUCCGACUGUUAAUCGGGAGGUUGGAAGUUCAAGCCUUCCCGGGGACUCUCCGUGGCGCAAUUGGUUAGCGCGUCCGACUGUUAAUCGGGAGGUUGGAAGUUCAAGCCUUCCCGGGGACCAAACAAUUGUCCAUGUUAUGUUUGAUGGAACACUCCAUCAAACCGUCUACAUAGGUCAUAAAUACAAAGAAUGCUCAUGA